UUCCUCACUCCAAGAUUCACCUUAAAUCCGAAAGAGGGGACCGACAAUCCAGCUUUAGUCAUCUCGGAGAAUCCUGUCCGACCCUCCUUGCUAAAGUGCAAGGAGGGCCAGAGUUUUGGCUUCCAUCUGUGUAUGGAGAGGAGCUGCCGGGGCUAUGUUGUCCGCCAGGUGGAUCCGUGGAGUCCCGCAGAGCUCAGUGGGCUCAAGGACGGGGACCGUGUGCUGGAGGUCAAUGAGGACUUCUCCCCAGGGUGUGAACCAGAUGCAUGUGGGCUGCAGCUGUUGCUGCUGGUUCUGAAGGGGGAGGAGUAUAAGGAGGCGCUGGCCCAGGGACUGGACCUCCAGGCUCUGACCAGGGCUUACCGAGGGGAGACGUGUUCCCGACCCAGGCUGUGUCACAUCACCAGAGACUCUGUCUUAGGUCUGGGGAUCAGCAUCAUCCCCAUUGAAGGUCAGAAGGGUCGAUACACGUUGAGCACAGUAAGUGAGGGCCCUGCAGAGAGGGCAGGGGUGCGUAGUGGAGAUAGACUGGUGUGGAUCAACGGUGCCAUGGUAUCAACGCUCACCCAUUCAGCUAUCAGUAAAAUGGUGAAGAAAUGUAGCGUCCAUGUUACCGUCCUAGUCAUCAACAGAGAAAGUGAAGCGAGCUACAUCCGGCAGAAACUGCCCAUCUUGCCUAUCAUGGCUGGCUCUCACAAUCUGCCACACAGACCUCAAACGAUGCAUGUGGUCCAGGGGUCAGAUGGAUACGGCUUCCUAUUACGACAAGGGAGGUUGUCAUCGGGGGGUCGUAAUGCUCACCUACUCCGUGAGGUGGAUGUGGGGAGUCCAGCAGAAGAGGCUGGUAUGCAGGAUGGAGACUUGCUGCUGGCGGUCAAUGGGCAUCCUUCGGAGUCCAUGGAGCGUGAGAAUAUUGUCAGGAAAGUGGUGGUAAAGGGCUUAGGACAUAGGGCUGGACUGUGGGAAGGGGAUGUCGUUGUGGAGGUGAAUGGCCAGAAUGUGGAGAAUGAGUACCUUGAGGACGUUGUGACGCUGAUAAAGAAGAGCACGACGACUUUGAAAUUACCGGUUGCGGAGAGGUCAGAGUAUGAGAGACUCAAACAGAAAAUUAUGGAAGCAGUGGAAGAUUACACCAUCUUCCCUACGGUUGAGGAACAGGGUCAUCUACUCCACCAACACCACGACCAGCUGGCUCUACUGGGUACGACCAUGAAGGAGGUCCUCCACGUUCUUUACCGCCUUGACACCACCAGUCAGGGUCUCCUACCACGGGCCGUCACUGUGAGCCAGUCCCCCAGCCAUCCUCCCCCCAGCCCUGGAUAUGCGACUAUUGGGAUCCGGCACAAUUACGCACACUAUGUCAACUCAUGUUUGGUCAUUGAGGCACUAUUCCAGCAAGUCUUCCGGCCCUAUGGCUUUCCUAAGGACAUUGUUUCUGAUGUGGUACCCAAUUCACGUUGCGGGUCUGGAAAGCCUUUAUGGAGAAGCUGGGGGGGCACGGUCAGCCUCACAUCUGGGUGCCGGCCUCAGUCUAACAGGCAGGUGGAGAGGACCAACCAGGAGCUGGGGAGGUUCCUAAGGAGACCGCCCUCUGAAGGAUCAGCGGACCGCCACCGCAGUGAGGCUCCCGUGUUCCAUUCUGGUGAUCACGUCUGGCUCUCCACCAGGAACCUUCCGCUCUUCCUGCCCUGCCAGAAGCUGAGCCCUCGGUUUGUGGGAACCUUGAGGGUCAAUGAAGUAACCUAUCCUUUAGAGCUCCCCACCAACUCCCGGAUCUCACCCUCCUUUCAUGUUUCCCUCCGCAGGCUGGUGGUUCCUGCUCCCAACAUCAUCCGGGUUUCCAUCUCCGCCAUCCGUUUGGUUUCUCAAUCAUUGUCAUGUGUUUAA